AUGAAUACGCAAAACCCAAGAGCACACCCAAUUGAGAAAGAGGAAGACUCUUUAAUUAAGCUAACUAAUUUGGAAAAAGACAAAACAAAACCGAACGAAAUGGACGAAAUGGACGAAAUGGACGAAAAGGACGAAAUGGACGAAAAGGACGAAAUGGACGAAAAGGACGAAAAGGACAAAAUGGACAAAAAGAACAAAAAGGAAAAAGAACAAGAAGAUGGCAAAGGGGAAGAAAAGAGCAAAAGAGAAAGUGAAGAAAGGGAGGAAGAAUGGAAUGAAGAAAAGCCAGUACACGGAUUGGGGACACAUACCAAAAAGGUCAUAAAAAGGAACAAAAAAAACACAGCGGUUUCGGCAUAUUCGCCUGCAUAUAUAUCUGAACCGAUAUAUCAGUGGGAGGUGUCCAGCAGUGACCGCAUUUUUUACGAUAAAGUAAACGAUUUCAUAAUACAUCAGAACGUGUCUACAAAAGCGUUACUUGUUACUGAUAUAAAAAAAAAUAAAGAGAAUUACAAAGGAGUAUAUGUAAAAUUCGACAAAGACUUGUGUGAGCACAUUUGUUUCUCUAUUAAUGGAAGUUUUUUUCUUUACUAUUGUAUUAACCCGAACAGAAUUGAAAUAUCAGAUAUAUUAAAUAAUCAUAAUAUUUAUCUGAACGUGGAAAUAAAUAAAUUGAAUGAAUACGAAAUAUUAGGUUUGUUUUGGUUGAAUAAUAAUUAUAAUAAUAAUAAUUAUAGUAGUAAUAAUAAUAAUUAUAGUAGUAAUAAUAAUAAUUAUAGUAGUAAUAAUAAUAAUUAUAGUAUUAAUAAUACUAAUUACAGUAGUAGUAAUAAUAAUAAUAAUAACACAAUUUGGAAAGAAAAAAUUGAAAAUUUAAGUUCAUCAGAUUUUGUAGUAGUAACAGAUAAUUCGAUUGAAAUUUUUAAAAUAUCCUAUGAUAAUUUAAUUAUAACCCCUUUGAAAAAACAUUUUAUCAAAUCGAAAUAUUGUUGGUAUGAUGAGAAUAGUUCAUAUAUUGCUUUAUUGUCAUAUAAUAAAAAUCAUGUUAUUUUACCAUAUUUAUUAAGUAAUAAUAAUGCAAUCAAAUUACCAAAAAUUGAAUUAAAUAUAUUAAAGACAGAUGUGAUAAAUAAAAGUGAUAUUCAAAUUAUUACUCUAUAUGAGGAAACAUAUUGUAUUCAUAAAGAUUUUCGAAUUGGGAGGAUAUCAUUUCGUUGUUUAUCAUCUACCUUAUAUUUUGAUUACGUUCUUGAUUUGUUUUAUAAUGGUAUUGUUGACACUUUUUCCAUUGACAAUUUAUUUCUUGUCUUUAAUUAUUCAAAUGAAAAAGUAUAUAUAUUUGAUGUGAAAUAUAAAAAAAAAACAAAUUCCUUUAAUAUUUUAAAUGAUCAAAGUAAUCACACUAUAAACAUUUCGUAUUUAACAUAUCCCAAAUCAUUUAAAACGCAAAUUGAUUUUAAUCAUAUAUCUUUCAAACCGUUUAAUGUGUUAAUUGAUGACCAAUAUGGUAACGUCUACAAGGUGCAUAUGGAUUAUGACGUGUUCAUGCUGCAGAUUUGUCAGCAUUUCUCGAAUUUGAAUGCCUCGGUGGAUGUUUUGUUGAGGAGACCCAACUGCAAAAACCGCAUUACGGAAAUAUUUUACCUGGCCUUAGAAAACGAUAUACAAAUAGAAGAUUUUUUAAGUAUAGUAAACAUAAUAAAUAUUAACUACCGAAAAUUGAUUGAACAGUGUGCAAAGAAAGGUAAUACUAUUACCACUAUGUCUGUAACAAAAACAAAUCGAAAGAUCAUUCAACCACUUGAAAGUUUAUUAAAGAAUUUAGGUGGUAAAACAUUAAUCACAGAAAAAGAUAUUGUUACUGAUGCAUUUCAUACUUUUAUGAUAAAGAAAUAUAGUCUUAAUAAAAAAGAAACAUUAUUUAACUUUUCCUUGAAUGUUCGAGAACUUGAGAAAAACAAAAAAGAUAAAAAAAAAAGCGUACAUAUCAAAAAUGAGACCGGCGAAAAGUAUAUGCUAAAAUAUAAAAUAAAAAAGAAAUCACAAGAGAAUGACAAACGGAGUGGCCUUAAUAUUUCAAGCGAAAUGGAUCAAACUCGAGGGGAUGAAAAAAAUAGCGCAUUAGUAGAUGGGAACUCGUCGAACGGAAAAAAGGGCAUUAAGGAUGAUGGCAGCAGUGGUAAUAUCGGAAAUGGUGAUAUCGGCAGUGGUGAUAUCGGUAUUGGAGGUGAUAAGAACGCACGUAACCGCAGUGUCGAAUAUACGAAAAACGUUAAUUGUAUCAUUGAACAAAAAGACAUAGAGAAAGAACCACAUAAAGAUAUAAAGAAUGAAUAUAAAUUAAAAUUGAAUUAUUCGGAGUUAAAUAACAUGCCCAUAUUUUUAAUAUAUGUACUUGAGUAUAUGAAGUCUUUAUUAUAUUUAAAUAUUAUACCUAACCGUAUACUGCAAACUUUUAUAUUUGAUUUAUGUAUUUUCUUUAAACAAGAUAAUUGUUUAAGACAGUUAUUACAGUUCUAUGUUAUUUCUGAUUCUAUUGAAGUAACCAAGAGAUUAUUUCAUUACUGGAAAUUAACCGAACAUCCAUGGGCAUAUCAGUACUGUUUAGAUAUGUCAUUAAGAUUGAAAGAAUAUGAAAUGGCUAUACACCUUUUUCUGUGUGCAAAGAAAUAUUUAAAAAUUAUAAAUUUUUUAAGAAAUUACAAUUUAGUUGAUUACCCUAUCUCUGUUAUUUUACAAGCCAUUGAAAAUGAUUUCGACUCGCCUGAUAAAUAUAUCAUUUUUAAUCAAGUGCUUCUUUCCCUGAACAACUGGAUCAUGUAUACUGUUUUAGCAACGAGCGAAUAUAGCGAAAUUGACACGUGUACAUAG